AUGGCAUCCAAAGCUUGCUGCAGCAUCCCCCCUGUCGUCACCUCGGAUUACACUCCUAAGGGAACCUACUCUGAAAUCGGCGGUCUAAAAACAUAUGUUACCGGCGACAAGAAUGCCAAAACCGCUGUGUUGGUAAUCUUUGAUAUCUUUGGGUUCUACCCGCAGACCCAGCAGGGUGCUGAUAUCAUUGCGGCUUCUGGAAACCACCUUGUUGUCAUGCCCGACUACUUCUUUGGCUCGCCUAUGGACAUCAAGGUUUUCCCCCCAGACACCCCCGAGAAGCAGGCAAAGCUCGGGGCCUUCUUCGGUGCCGAGGCGGAUCUUAGCAAGGCCCAGGCAAACACCCUCAAGUUCGUGCCAGCACUUAAAGAGGAGUAUAAGUCGAUAGAGGCUAUGGCCGUCAUCGGAUACUGCUGGGGUGGAAAGGUCACAGCUCUCCUUUCUGGAGAAAAUACUCUUUUCAAAACAUCCAUCCAGGUCCACCCGGCAAUGGUCGACGCAGAGAAUGCUAAAGCGAUUACCAUUCCCCACAUGAUUCUCGCAUCAAAGGAUGAACCCGCCGAUGCGAUUGCUGCGAGCGCAGAGUACCUGAAAAACAGCUCAAACGAAGCUGUCAGGACCAGAUCUGUUGUUGAUACAUACCCCAAGAUGUUCCACGGCUGGAUGGCGGCCAGGGCCAAUCUGAGUGAUCCCGAGAAUGCCAGCGAGUAUGAGAGAGGAUACAAGCAAAUCGUCAACUACCUCCAAGACAACUUGACAACCGCGGCGUAA